AUGUCGUUUACUUUUACCAGACAAAGAUCAUCAUCUGUGAACUCUAUUGGGUCUAACCACUCUUCCUUCUCCCCACAACUACCGAUAAGUAAUGUUCCACAACAACCACAACCAAUACUGCUGCAUUUUUUCAACCAUGGACAAUCAUUACAGAAGCUGACCCUAUUGUCGAAGUCGCAAUCUCCUUAUCAAGUGUCUCCACAAAGAAGCCCAUCUCCUGGCCAUUUUGUGAUCAGCAAACUUUCUCUGAUUGAACUACCUCAAUCAAGAUUACCGUUUCAAGGGCCCGGCGUCUGUAAAUCAGCGACCACCGCUACCACUACCGCAAACACUACCACUACCACCACCACUACCACUAAUAGUACCACUACCACCGCAAACACUGCCACUACCACUACCACCACCACUACCACUAAUAGUACCACUACACCCACUACAUCUGCGAACAACAUCAGCUCGACUCCGGUUCUAGCAGCAACAACCAUCAAUCAACAACAGCUACACAAUAAUAUCGCACCAACUCCGAGUUCAGUACGAAGCAUGUCCAUCGUAAGCCUUGAUCGAAGUCCAAGAAACUCCAUCAUUUCACUAGAUGAAAAUUUAAGAUCAUCGCAAAAUACAAGGAACAAUAGCUCAACAAGUCUUGCUUCAUUGACUAAUCCUAACCACUCAUUAUUAUCCAUGACUCCUCACACAACUUGUAAUGCAUCUACUUCUACUUAUAAGAAUACUAGCAGCAGCGCCUGUAGCAGCGCCAGUGGCGAAGGCUCUAGUCAUAUCCGUAAAAUGACUAGUAUUCUUGGGAAUGGAAGUGCCAUUAUAUCAGAUGACGAUUCUGAAAUUGAUUGUAUGCUGAGCUCAUCAAUAAUUAAGAAACCUAUAACCACUAAUACAGAUACGAGUACUCAACCAGCUACAAUAAAAUCAAUGCUAAAACCAAUUCAACACCACCACCAUCACCAUCACCACCUUCUCCUCCAACACCAACAUCAACACCAACAUCAACACCAACACCGAGCUAAAAGACGCAGUUUUAAAGAGGAUUCAAGAAAUCAACUCAAGAAUGAUUACAAUUUCAAAUUUCACGAUUAUGCCACUGCAUCAACUUCCAUUCCUUCUCCGAUGAUACUCACAUCUCCAUUGAACCACAACCAUUCAGUCCAUUUGAAUCAUUUGAAUGCUAGUCCUACAUCAGAUUCAAUGGGAUACAAUAAUAAUUGUAACAACUCCAAAGGAGAACUUUUAUCCCCAAUUGAAAGUUCGAAUGCACUUGGUUCACAAAGUGUACAGUCUUCGGUAUUGACAAAAUCGCCGAGUAGUAAUGGGACGGGAAAUACAUUCACAUUGAAAAAGUUAAGAGCAAACAAUUUGAUUCAACAGUCAAUGUACAUUAAGAGAAAAUUGGCAUUUUCAAAAGAUUUGCAAAUUGAUCUAAAUCACGCAAGUGAGACUUCGAUCAUUACCAAUUCUGUAAACACCAAUUUACCGUUUUCUUCCUCAUCCAUACCCACAUCCACAUCGUCACUACCCUCCUCUUUAACCAAUCCAGACUGGAAAAUUUAUUCAACACCAAAUACCAGCGACUUCUCGUUGAAGAAAUCAUUACUAUCAUCAAAUGGUGGAUUGGAUACACCAUUUCUCAAAGGAUCGGUUGAUACCACACAGUUGGCAAUUCUGCAGCAGAAUGAAUUGAUCAAUAAAUUGAAUAGGAAAUGGAACAAGACGAUGAUGAAUGAAAAGCCAAAAGGCUCAAAAAAGGGACAAGGUGCUGUAGCAGUAUUGAGUAUUGUUCCCAAUGAGAAGAAACGACCAAGACAGAAAUCAUUUGAUACAGAGGGUGAAUAUGAGAGUUUUGAUGAUUCAAGUGGCGACCUAUACGAUGAAGACUGA